AGUCGUUUGAAUAUUACCACCGUUUCUACCAACAACUCGCGACAGUUUAAGGAAUAAGCUCCAACUCUCAGUAACACUCUGGAUAAAAAAUUUUAUUUGUGAAGAGUUUCAUUUUUUUUCGAAAAAAAAAGAAAAAAGUUUCGUUCUCAUUUUUGCUCAAGUGAAUUAAAUUUUGUUUUCAAAUUUUUAUUUUUUCUCUUGUAUAUAUAUAUAUUUUUUUUUUUGAAGUUAAAACCACUUAAUCAACACGAUGGUAUGUUCUAUUGAUGAUAUUGCUGACGAGCUCCCGCCAGAGCAGAUUGCUGUCUUGCGCAAAGCUUUCGACAGUUUUGACAGGGAAAAGAGUGGAAGUAUUCCUACUGACAUGGUAGCAGAUAUUCUUCGACUUAUGGGUCAACCUUUCAACAAAAAAAUCCUCGACGAACUUAUCGAUGAAGUUGAUGCCGACAAAUCUGGAAGAUUAGAAUUUGAGGAAUUUGUGACUCUCGCCGCAAAAUUCAUUGUUGAAGAAGAUGCCGAGGCUUUGGAAAAAGAAUUACGAGAAGCUUUCAGACUCUACGACAAAGAAGGCAAUGGAUAUAUUCCAACGACAUGCUUGCGCGAAAUCCUCAGAGAAUUAGACGAUCAAUUAACUGACGAAGAACUUGACAUCAUGAUUGAAGAAAUCGACUCCGAUGGCUCCGGCACAGUUGACUUUGAUGAAUUCAUGGAGAUGAUGACUGGAGAAUAAAAACAAUUGCAGAGGGAGAUGAAAAUUGUCCAAAUUGGUGAGGCAGUCAUCAGUCAUCAUUUUACUUUUUACUAUUUUCAACAAUUCGAUGAAAUUGUCU